AUGAGUGAAACAUUAGUCCUCCAGUGUGACUAUAAUGAUUUCCUCAAAAUAAGUUUGACCUACAUGGGACUUGCACCUUCAACAAAAUAUUUUGAGUUUGAUGUCAAAGGAUCAAUAAAGAUGACAAUUCAGGCAAUUUUGAACUUCCUCCUACUAAUCAACCAGGAGCAAGGUGUGCCACAAAAGUCUGUCCUGGGCCCACUGCUUUUCUCUGCCUACAUUUCUCCCGUUGAUGCAUUUAUCUGUGGUUAUUGUUCUGGUAAGGCGAAUCUCAGCGACGAAGUCCCGAAGGAUUGUUUCCUCGAGGUCCGCACAACAAUUUGCCCAGUGCCUGAGAACAUCUGUGGAUUUUAUGUUUCUAUAACAGGCAAAUUAGGCAGAUUGAUAAAGAUAACUAGAAUAUGUACAUCCAACAGAGAGAACAGAAAAUAUAAAUUGGAGAAAUCUGAGGGAAAGAAUGAAGUUAGAGGCUUUUAUUAUAGCAGAAAAGAAAAAAGCAACUGUAAAGAGUUGACCACUAUGUUUGAAAAAUCUGACAUCAAAAAACAUUUCAGCCCAAAGAGCAAAGCUUACAACUUCUUAGUUAAGAAAUGGAAGAACGCUUCGUGCAAAGAGAACAAGAAAUACCCAGGCCUGGAUCCGGACGAGAUUCCCGACGACGAGGAAGGGCCGGACGAUGGAGAUGAACUUUCGGGAGAUGGGAUUGGUUCCUUGAGUUAA